AUGGUGGUUAAAGAAUGUCGUACCGCCAUGCUUGUUAAUGACAUGGACAUUUCUCAUCUUAUGGUUCAUACUCAACAGAUCGAAGAGGAUAAACUUAAGGAAAGGUCUAGGGAGGCAAAGAGGGCUAAAAUUGGUGAUGGUAAUUUCUCUCAUGCAAGGUCUAAUGGGCAUGGUCGUUCUAUAUUUCGACAAAGGUGUGGAAGGAAGCACGAGGGUAAGUGCUUAGCCUGCACGGAUGGUUUCUACGGCUGUGGUAAGAGUGGUCAUAAGAGGAGGGAUUUCCCAAUGCUUACGGUUAAAGGAAGAAAGGGUAAGCAAGCUCCUCCUAGUGGUUUGGGUUCCAAUGCUCCCAAGCAAAACCGAUUCUAUGCACUUUAG